AUGGAAAAUUUAGUUAAAAAGGAUUCAGACCAACAUAGACGUAUGCGUCAAUAUGCAAUUUUUGCAGUUGCUAUCUCAACAACUGCUAUUGCUGCUAUUGUUUUAAGUGUACCAAUUUUGUACUCUUAUAUUCAAGAUAUUCAAAGUUUGAUAACAGUUGAAUCUGAUUUCUGCAAGAUGCAAUCUCGUGAUCUUAUUUAUGAGAUGUAUUCUAUUCAAAGUCAAAAGGGAAGUACAUCUGGAAGACAAAAAAGACAUUGGCUUUUUGGACAAUGGGUACCUGAUAAUCAAGCUGGUGGUGGUUAUGGAAGUCCAGCUCCAGCUGCUAGUAAUGGUUAUGAACCAGUUGUUGAUCCAGAACCAGCUCCAACUUGUUGCCCAUGUCUUCAAGGACCACCAGGACCACCAGGUCCACCAGGAUGUGAUGGUAAUGAUGGUAUGGAUGGUGCUCCAGGAAGAGAUGGUAAGAGUGGACGUGAUGGAAGUAUCACACCAGCUGACGGACCAAAUGAACCAUGUAUUAUCUGUCCACCAGGACCACCAGGUAUUUCUGGAAUACAAGGAGCUAAAGGACCACAAGGACCACGUGGAGCUAAUGGAUUCCAUGGAACUGAUGGAAAGAGAGGAGAAAUGGGUAUGGCUGGACCACCAGGACCAAUGGGAUUACCAGGACCUGAAGGUGCACAAGGAAAGAAAGGACCAGAUGGACGUGUUAUUGAUAUUGAAGGACCACCAGGUCCACCAGGAGCUCCAGGACCACAAGGACCAGCAGGACCAAAAGGACCAAAAGGUACUCCAGGAAGAUCUAUUCCAGGACCUAAAGGACCAUGUGGAGAUACUGGUCGUCAAGGACGUGAUGGAAAGAAAGGAGCUCAAGGACCAAAAGGGCCACUUGGAUCCAAAGGACCAAAUGGAGAUUGCUUCCACUGUCCAACUCCACGUACUCCACCAGGUUAUUAA